CCAUCAAAAUCAACCUUAAAUUUUAAUUUUCAAUCGGGUUAAUUGCAUGGCGCCGGCGUUGGGGAUGGGGCAGGAGUCGAAGUCGGGUGGUGGUGGUGGAGAAUGUUGCUACGGUGGUCGGAUUUCUCGGCGGCGGUGGAGGUUGGGUCAGGUAGGGUAGGGUAUGGGGGUUUGUAGAAAAGAAAUUAAGUUUUUAUUUUUUUUAUUUUUUAAUGAAUGUAAUAAUGAGGUGGAAAAUAUAAAGGUAUUUUUUUAAUAAUUUUUUAGUUGCCACGUCACUAAGUUAACGUUCAACUUUGAGAGUUGACUGUCACAUCAGGCAAAGUUAACGGAGUUGGACGGAGAGUGACCAAACGUGAAUGAUUUCAGUAAACUGAAGUACUACCAAUGGAAUUAAAUAUUUCGAGUGAACAAACUUAAAUUUUUUUUAAUGUCGGUCCAAUUAACCCAUUUUUAAUCCUCUGUUUUGGGCUUUUGCUUUGCAUAGUUUUGGUCUGUAGUUAGGCCCCAGUCCAACGGUAGAUUUUCCUUCCAUCGGUCUAGGCCCAAAAUUUAUUCAAUGGCCAAUUUUGGAAAAAGCGACGAUCAAUUACCGGGAAAAAGAAAAGAAAAAAAGCGACGAUGACUCCGGGCACCGAUAACGUAAAUGCACACUUGCACAGUACAAUUGCCGAAAAGUGAAAGAAGAGGAACUAUUAGUAGCAUACGUACCGCGUGAAAAAGCAAGGCGUCAGAGCUCAGAAAUUUUCAGAAGCCUCCUGCAAGAAAUCGUUUCUUUCUCCUUCUUCCCGAAGAACUUCCCCAGAAACGAAUGGAAUGGAGAAUGAUGGAGCAAACGCAGCUGGUCAAGCUCAACCUCAAGCGCAACCUCAAGCUGCUCAGCGUCAGUAUAGCUGUGUCGAAUGCAACAAACUGUUCCCCUCCAAAAACUCCAUUGAAUCCCACUAUGAAGCGAAGCAUCAACAUCAAUGUCCUCACAAGUGCAGCGUUUGCAUCAACGGCUUUAAGUCAAAGCAGCUUCUCAAGAUCCAUAAGGUCGAGGGCUGUUGAGCCGGACGGCGGCGUCGCCGGGAGCGGCAACGGCUCCCUGCUGCAUGAUGCAGCUUGCCUUGUUGCAAAACUUAAAAAGGAAAGGGAUGAAGCAAGAGAAUUGCUUGGACAGUCAAAGGGAUCGAUUCUCGUGAUGGCCACAACAACUGUUGCAGCUAAUGUUCCUACUGUUGCUAAUGGAGAAGGACUGGAGGAUGAUGAUUUGGCCCCUCCUGGAAAUAAGCUUUGUCCAGGAAUUUCAACCGACACAAUAAGCUUCUUCUGUGGAGGCUCGACUCAGGUGAUCUCAGCCGACACCUACCGCAACUAUGUCGUGCUAGCUGGAGACUGGAGUGAUCACUCUGUUGACUAUCAUCUAGUCUUCUUUUACCAUACGCACUCUACUUGUUUCUAUUUUCGUUUGGGAUACUCCGUCUUACCCAACCACUACUUUCAUGCCCUCCCUCAGGCCUCAGCUCUAUACUCUAGCUGUAGGUUUCAGCAGGUUAACUGUACUACUUUCAUGCCCUCCCUCAGCUCUCUACUCUAGCUGUAGGUUUCAGCAGGAUAACUGUGUUUUGGCUGAAAUUUGAAAGUGUGCCAAAUUGUGAAAAGGUUACUACUGGGCCUUUCUUCGGUUGGGCUUGAGAAAUGGACAUAUAACACUUUAGUUCUAAAUCAACUCGUUGGGCUUGAGUGAAAUCCUUCCCCAUGUCUUAAUUGAGUUGUUUGUUUUUGCCUUUUUGGUGCUAUACCCAACGAUUACAUGUGUGUGUUUAUAGAAAUUGCGGUCUAACUUUGAGUUGUUUACCUUUUCUAUCGGCAUCUAAUACACUAUUGCCACUGGAUCUAGAAUUUUCCACGUCAGUGUACACGUCAUUACUAAUGGUACUUACUUUCGAUCAAAUCCUAAUGGUAAAAUUAAUGGACUAGAAACUUCAUAAUACAAUUGUCAUAUCAAAAUCAUAUAAUAUAAAUGACAAUUUCACAAAAUGGUAAAUAUUUGUGGUGAUAUUAACCCUUAUUUUUUGGGGAAUAUAUAUUGUUUAGCAUAAAAAUUUUUAGGGCUAAUUCCACUAGAAAGUCCAAACUAUUUAAAAAAUGUUAUUUGUGUUCUAAAUUAUUCAAUAUAACAAAUAUGGCACAAGCUAUUUUUUCGAUAAUGUUAACCGGCGUUGACCGUUAGUAUUUAACAGAAAAUCCAGUCACCAUCUAUGUUGUUUGUGCCAAAUUUGUCAUAUUAAAUAGUUUAUGACACAAAUGUCACGAAACACAUAUAAUUUGUGCCAAAUUUGUUAUAUUGAAUAGUUUAGAACACAUAAAACACUUUUUGAAUAGUUUUGAUUUCCUAGUGGAAUUAGCCCAAAAUCAUAUAACGAUUUAUGACGGUAUAUCAAAUGAGUGUAAAUCAUUAUCUUCAUUGGUUCUAUGUCCGGUCUAAUUUGAAAAAAGAGCUUCCACUCAUAAAACUGCGUUUUGGCUAAAAACUGAGGCCAUUAUUGAUUUGAUUGCCAAAUUGUGAAAAGUUUAAUAUCUGCUGGUUUCUCUGGGAUUGUCCUUCCAUGGGCUCAUCUUCAGUUGGGCCUGUGUCUUACUUUGGGCUUGAGGAAUGGAUUAUUCACUUUUGAGUUCUGAACCCAGUACACUUGUUGGGCUUGAGGCAGUUUCCCUCUCAAUGGCUUUAUUGAGUUGUUUGUUUUUUGGUGCUACCCAUGUCUGAUAAUUGAUGCACGUAUGAUGAUUACUUGUUCUGUCGAAAUUGCCGUCUUCGUGAUUUGUUUAACUCAUAAGUUGAUUUGUAAGCAUGAUCCGUUACACUGUUGCUGGCGUAUCUAUGGAAGAUGAUGAUAGGAGAAAGAGCAAGCAAGAAAGCGUGUUGUCAAGUGGCGCGUGGGCCCAAAUAGUAAGGGAUACGGUGUAGACUCCCACAUGUCUUUAAGCCCAACUACCUAUUUGCGUACUUAAAACGGAUUUAAAGGGGACACCGAGAUAAAUAAAUAAAUAAAUAAUGGUAGCUAUUUUUUAUAUAAAUAAGGUUUGUUUUUUUAUUUAUUUAUAGUUAGGUCGUAAUUAAGGAAUACGGAUAUGAGAUUCCCAGAAAAUAGUUGAAAUAAAUAAUUUUUGUGGAAUUUAUUAUUUUUGGAAUUAUCCACGGUGAGAGGCUAGUUACGAGUUACGACUUUAGCUAGGGUUACAGUUGGUAAGACAACAUCGGCUUGGAGUCCCGAUCCUUGAGUUGGAUUGUUUAACAGUGGUUAAGUCAAUAAAAGAAGCUGAAGCUUUACAUACAGAGCUUGGCGCGAUCUGUCGAAGUAUAAGAAGACUGUUGGAUUUGAUCCCGGAAGGUACGAUUGAACAUGUUAGUCGGAAGGCAAAUGAAGAUGCAGAUGUUAUGGCUCGUUCAGAUACAAGAUGGAAUGUUGUGGAGAUUUGGUUCGAUCGUCCACCAAUUUUUCUGGUCGAUCAGCUGAAACUGGAUGAUGUAGUUGUGCCCACGAAUCAAUAAAGCUAAGCGCA